GACCUGAACCUGCGUGUGUACUUUCAGGGGAUUUGCUGGGACUUGGGACUUGUCAAUCUGUUGCGCCAUUCUGCUCCAAUACAUGAAACAUUUGCUGAGGGAGGGCACAAUAUCAGGAAAUGUUCAGGUGACCCGUUGAUCAUUUAUGACACGUGUUAUACAAACGAUUCAAUUGAGCAGGUUCAAACUGAACUACGGUGAAUCAUAUAUCGCGGAAGUAGGUACUUAUUAAUAUUUUCUCCAUCUUUAUAAGUAUGCUGAAACGAUUCAUCUUUUGGAUACGUACUUGACAAGAAGGGAGCCUGAAGAUGUGGAGGAGGAUUUCCACUGUUUUUAUGACCGUAGGCAUCAUGAUGCUUGCAUUCAGUGUGAUAAACACACAAGAACAAGUGACUACCCAGUUGAGUCUUACCUCUUCUGGAUCUAAAACAGACACAACUCAACCCUUUCUCUGGACCACCAAACAAGCAACGAGUAUUUAUCCAUCUUCAAAACCACAGCAUACAUUUGAAACAACAUUUGGAAGAUCCACACCUGAUGACAGCAGUACUAAGUCAACUACUCAGGAAUCAACAAUGACCACUCACUUGAGUCAUACCUCUUCUGAGAGUCGAGAAUCAAGCACAACAAUGGAAACAGCCACCACCACAGGAACCAUGCAAACUACCACUCACAUGAGUCAUACCUCUUCAAAGAGUCAAGAGUCAAGCACAACUCCUGAAACAGCCACCACCAUGACAACAAUGCAAACUACCGGCAACAGUCCAUCUACAGCAACAUCCAGUACUUCGACAAAUACUGACAUUUCAUCACCUUUGCCUUCCACAAUCCCACCAAUGACCACUCACAUGAGUCAUACCUCUUCAAAGAGUCAAGAGUCAAGCACAACUCCUGAAACAGCCACCACCAUGAGAACAAUGCAAACUACCGGCAACAGUCCAUCUACAGCAACACCCAGUACUUCGACAAAUCCUGACAUUUCCUCACCUUUGCCUUCCACAAUCCCACCUAUGACCACUCACAUGAGUCAUACCUCAUCAAAGAGUCAAGAGUCAAGCACAACUCCUGAAACAGCCACCACCGUGAGAACAAUGCAAACUACCGGCAACAGUCCAUCUACAGCAACAUCCAGUACUUCGACAAAUACUGACAUUUCAUCACCUUUGCCUUCCACAAUCCCACCAAUGACCACUCACAUGAGUUAUACCUCUUCAAAGAGUCAAGAGUCAAGCACAACUCCUGAAACAGCCACCACCAUGAGAACAAUGCAAACUACCGGCAACAGUCCAUCGACAGCAACAUCCAGUACUUCGACAAAUACUGACAUUUCAUCACCUUUGCCUUCCACAAUCCCACCAAUGACCACUCACAUGAGUCAUACCUCUUCAAAGAGUCAAGAGUCAAGCACAACUCCUGAAACAGCCACCUCCGUGAGAACAAUGCAAACUACCGGCAACAGUCCAUCGACAGCAACAUCCAGUACUUCGACAAAUACUGACAUUUCCUCACCUUUGCCUUCCACAAUCCCACCAAUGACCACUCACAUGAGUUAUACCUCUUCAAAGAGUCAAGAGUCAAGCACAACUCCUGAAACAGCCACCACCAUGAGAACAAUGCAAACUACCGGCAACAGUCCAUCUACAGCAACACCCAGUACUUCGACAAAUCCUGACAUUUCCUCACCUUUGCCUUCCACAAUCCCACCUAUGACCACUCACAUGAGUCAUACCUCUUCAAAGAGUCAAGAGUCAAGCACAACUCCUGAAACAGCCACCACCAUGAGAACAAUGCAAACUACCGGCAACAGUCCAUCUACAGCAACAUCCAGUACUUCGACAAAUACCGACAUUUCAUCACCUUUGCCUUCCACAAUCCCACCAAUGACCACUCACAUGAGUUAUACCUCUUCAAAGAGUCAAGAGUCAAGCACAACUCCUGAAACAGCCACCACCAUGAGAACAAUGCAAACUACCGGCAACAGUCCAUCUACAGCAACACCCAGUACUUCGACAAAUCCUGACAUUUCCUCACCUUUGCCUUCCACAAUCCCACCUAUGACCACUCACAUGAGUCAUACCUCUUCAAAGAGUCAAGAGUCAAGCACAACUCCUGAAACAGCCACCACCAUGAGAACAAUGCAAACUACCGGCAACAGUCCAUCUACAGCAACAGCCAGUACUUCGACAAAUACCGACAUUUCAUCACCUUUGCCUUCCACAAUCCCACCUAUGACCACUCACAUGAGUCAUACCUCUUCAAAGAGUCAAGAGUCAAGCACAACUCCUGAAACAGCCACCACCGUGAGAACAAUGCAAACUACCGGCAACAGUCCAUCGACAGCAACAUCCAGUACUUCGACAAAUACUGACAUUUCCUCACCUUUGCCUUCCACAAUCCCACCAAUGACCACUCACAUGAGUUAUACCUCUUCAAAGAGUCAAGAGUCAAGCACAACUCCUGAAACAGCCACCACCAUGAGAACAAUGCAAACUACCGAGACCAGUGCAGUGAAUUCCAUCAUGACAUCUCCAACCAUCACUAAGUCCACUCCCACAUCAACGAGUAAUUCCACGGUCACACAGUGUCGAGACGAGGACUGUCAGUGCUUGAUGGGCAAGUGCAUAUUCAGUACAGAACUCAAUCAAUGCCACUGCGUUUGCCAAGAGGGUAUCUUUGGAGAUACCUGCAACCUUGGACCAAACAACAUAUCUCCUGAUAUCAAUACCACAGCAAUACCUGAUCGAAAAGUAAAUAUUACUUUGGAUAUCAAGAUCCCGUUCUUAGAUGAUUUGCGCUCAACAUCAAAUUUCAACGAUACGUUAGUGAAGAAGCUUGAACCACUGUGCAAAGAAGCCGAUUCCCAAGCUUUUAAAAAAGUACAAGUUGUCGAGCGACUACCGGGAGAUGUUAUUGAAGCAAGGAGGAUGGAACGCUCUCUGAGUGACCAACCAAAAAUCCGGUUUUCUGAAAUGUUAUUUAAGAAGUCGAGAUCUCUGCUGAAGAAAGGCGACCCACGAGUAGACAUCACAGAGUCGUUGCCGAGAAGCGUUUUGGCUACAAGCCAAGCUCAGUACGCCUAUCAGAAUAACGCUACACAGAUCAAUUGGCUCAACACGAAGCUCGAUGGCGCUUUGAAAAACAUUCUGAUGGACAGCGACAACAUCCAGCAAAUCUCUCAAGCCUUUGAUAACACCAGCGUGCUCUUCAAGGGAGUCGUCUCCCCAACACCCCAGAUUAACGAUAUCACGGACAUUGAGCGCUUUGUCAGCUGCUCCAGUUUUCCUAAUUACACUGCUGAGGUGAUUGAGGGUCAAUGGCAGUGCGUUGCACUCUGCAAAAAGAUGCCGGACUACUGCAGUGGACACGGCAAAUGUCACAAUGAUCUUCGCAAAGGGGCCGUGUGCAGCUGCGACGGGUCAAGCAUAAGGCAGUAUUACGGCCAACGAUGUGACCGCUCACGCUGGGGUCCGGGCUUCUAUGGAGCUCUAUUCGGAUCACUGGCAGCGGCCCUGCUGAUCAUCAUGAUUGUCAUUUUGAUCGUCUUCCUGGUCAAAAAGAGGCGGUCUGGGAUGUGGAAAAGGACUGAUGGAGGAUUUAUAGAUUUUGAAGAAGACUACUUUGACUUCACAAACAUUGGACGUCGCAAUUUGGGACUGGCUGGUCUUUACACGACUGAAAGGUUGACGGCAUUUAGAGAGCUUUGAUAGACAAAUGCAGGUAACAAGUAAGAGGUAGUAAACGUCAGCCCCAGAUGACGACAAACUGAUACUGAUACAAUCAAUGGAUAUAUUAUAUGUAUUUGAUUUAUGAUUUAAGAUUGUAUUCAUUUGUAUUUACUUUUUUCAAUGCAUGUUUUUUCUUACUUAUAUACAGUUGCUUACAAAUUGAUAUAAAAAAAGUCUCAAGAUUACACUUUCUUCACAAAAUUAAAAUCCUUUUUUUUUUUUUAAUUUACUGACUGUAUUUCAAAACCUGUCCGAGGUCAACAUGAUUGUCAGUACGUCCAACAGUGAGAGGCAUUUUUUGCUAAUGAACGUGCAGAUUUUUUUUCUCUCUCCUGACCUGAAAGGAAAAAUGAUUAACCAAGCAGCUGCAGUUUGUAGUGUUACGUCGUUAAAUAUUAACUGUGUCCAACCCACAUCGACAUAAUUGAGGGACAAAUUACCUGCUCUCAUGCACGUUCAAACUGAGAAUUACAUGUAUGAUACGUACUUUAUUUUUUAAUUGUGUAGCUGUAUAUAUAUAUCCUGGGGCCAGCAAAUGAAAGCCAAUAAAGGUCCAAAACGAAUCUAA